CCGCGCUUCUCCAGCCCCCGCUCGGGCUGCGGGGCCCGCGCGCAGCGGGGAAAAGUGCAGGAAUAGACGCGCACGGCGAGUGGCGAGUGGCAGACGCGCCCUGCGCGCUCGCUUCCCGGGGCGCGUGAGCCAAGCCAGAAAUCUAGAGAUUCCAGUUGGGAUCAAGUUGGCAGCCAGAUCCUUAUACUUUGCCCCUGAGGAGCAGCUCUUACUAGCGGCGGUGACAGAGCCUGUGGCUUGGAAAAGGACGGAUGGCUUUGAGCCCAGGUUGGAGGACACUGGCACUGUGUCCAGGGAACCGCUGUGGUAUCUUUCAGAAGGCCGUGAGAAGCAGCGGUCUCUCCUUGUUUCCCUGGGGCCACUGUCCCCGGAGAGGGAACGGGAGCUUUCUGGACCCUGAGAUGAAGGCCUUCUUGGAGGAGAACACUGAAGUCACCAGCAGUGGCAGCCUCACCCCUGAGAUCCGGUUGCGGCUUUUUACCCCCAGAUGCAAGUUUUGGUGGGAAAGAGCUGACCUGUGGCCCCACAGCGAUCCUUACUGGGCGAUCUACUGGCCAGGAGGCCAAGCCCUGUCUAGGUAUCUUUUGGAUAAUCCUGAUGUUGUCAGAGGAAAAUCUGUGUUAGAUCUCGGGAGUGGAUGCGGAGCUACAGCUAUCGCUGCUAAGAUGAGUGGGGCAUCGAGGAUCUUGGCCAAUGACAUAGACCCUAUUGCAGGAAUGGCUAUCACACUAAAUUGUGAAUUGAACCAACUGAAACCUUUUCCCAUUUUAACCAAAAACAUUUUGGAUUUGGAACAAGAUAAGUGGGACCUUAUUGUGCUUGGAGAUAUGUUUUAUGAUGAAGACCUUGCAGAUAGUCUACAUCGAUGGUUGAAGGAUUGCUUUUGGACUCACAAAACUCGAGUACUGAUUGGUGACCCAGGCCGGCCCCAGUUCAGAGGACACAGCAUUCAGCACCAGCUGCACAAAGUGGUAGAAUAUUCGCUUCCAGAACCUACUAGGCAGGAAAACAACGGAUUGACAACAAGCACCGUGUGGGAUUUCCAGCCUUGAAUUGUCAAAAUGCUUCCAAGUGUGGAUACACCUAUGUUUGAAGAAUGCAGUUCCUGUGAAAUGGCAAAUCUUGUUUCCAAAACAUGAAGAUUUAGACUUUUGUCAUGUAACUAGUUCUGCAUUAUGCCAAAUAUACAAUUCUUUAUCUGUAAUUUUUUUUCUAGUUUUACUGCUAUCGGAAUAUAAUUAUAGAAGGCAGUAAGUGGUAGCAAUACGUAAAUUGGGGAGAGAAUUAGAUACUGUAGCUGAGUCGGUUUCUGUAAUUGAGGACAACUAUGUGAUGUGUUGAAUUAAACAAACAAAAAUAUAAAAUAUAGAAGACUAUAGUAUUUAGUACAUAAUAGGGUCUUAAUGGACAACCAGGGGUAAAAAUAAAGAUUUUAGAAUUUCCAACAUAUUCUGUACUGACAUCAUAUGCCUCUUUAUGGCUUACUAAGGUUAGUUAGAAAUUGGUUAUGCCACCACUACACAUCCCAGGUUUAUAGAAUCUUAUGUAUUAAAAAAACAACAAACCACUAUGAUAUAAGAGAGGAACAAUGUGAAGGAGAAUGUGUAUAGAAUACCACUAUGCAAAAAAGAUGUAUGUAUAUAUUGAGGAAAAGAAUGAAGAUAGGGCCCUUGCCAGUCUGGCUCAGUGGAUAGAGCAUCGGUCCUGGGUUCAGUUCCAUUCAAGGGCAACCAAUCGAUGCAAUGCUUCUCUCACUUUGUCUCUCCCUGCCCCUUCCACUCUCUAAAAAAAUCAGUGGAAAAAUAUCCAAUAAAUAAAAUUUGGG